AACAAGGAAGUGCCUCAGCUGGGAUCACUAUAAUCGUGUGGGGUCACACUUGUCGUUAAAGUGAUGUCUUUUCGUAAUGUUUCCAAAGAGGCACUGGUUGGAUCCAUCACACUGGGAGCCGUUUUUGUCGCCGGUUAUUUCUUUGGGAAAAAGAAAUCUUCCACAAUGAGCAUCUCCAAAAGUCACUGCGAGGGAAAAGACAACCCACUGAUGCAGUACGUCCUCAAUCAUUCCAUGAGGGAGCAUCCAGUUCUGACAAAACUCAGAAUGAGGACAAUGGAAGACUCCUGGAACAUCAUGAUGGUUGCCUGUGAGCAGUCGCAGUUCAUGGCAAAUCUGGCAAAACUAAUACAAGCCAAGAAAGCAUUAGAGAUCGGAGUAUACACAGGUUACAACACACUAAACAUCGCACUGUCUUUGCCUGACGAUGGCAUUGUGGUAGCAUGUGAUGUCAGUGAAGAUUACACCAACAUUGGAAAACCCUUCUGGAAAGAGGCUGGAGUCGAGCAAAAAAUUGAUCUACGCUUACAGCCUGCAGUGAAGACUCUAGAUGAUCUCCUUGCUGCUGGCCAGGCUGGAACAUUUGACUUUGUCUUCAUUGAUGCAGACAAAGUUAACUAUGACAACUACUAUGAAAAGUCUCUGCAGCUGUUAAGAAAAGGAGGCAUCAUUGCUAUCGACAAUGUGCUGUGGGGUGGGAAGGUGCUGAAUCCAUCUCCUGAUGAUGCAGAUACUGUGGCCAUUGACAAGCUGAACAAGAAGCUGCACAAAGAUACUCGUGUCAGCCUCAGCAUGCUCACAGUGGGAGAUGGGCUCACACUCGCCAUCAAACUUUAGGGUGACUGAUAAUUGCAAUGCUUUAUAGGCUUUGGAAAGUAACACUAGCAGACUAUGUAUUGGGGUGUGUUAAGGUAGCUGUUACAUACAUAUGCAUUGUCUGGGCCCACGUUACUAGAGGUUAAUGUGAAGAUCAUGAAACACUGUAUUUUCAACUAAUUUCAAUGUCAGUUUUAUUACAGGACAAAGUGCAGUGUUUGAAAGUAAAUGAUUUGAUUAAAAAAACAAUCUGUACAUGCA